ACAAGAAACCAUCUACAUUUGAUGACACAGGUAGAAUAAAACAAAAUUUGUAAGAAAUUAGAACAAAAUUUGAUGACACAGGUAGUUUUCGUUUCAUCAUUAAAACAAAAUUUGUAAGAAAUUAGAUUAUUAAUCAAUUAAUUUAAUAAAGACAAAAAAGUACUACUCCUAGUAGUUUUAAAACAUUUUGAAAGUUUUUUCCUUGAAAAAACUAAAUUUUUUUUUCUAAGAAGCCAAAGAAUUCCUUUCCAAGUACCAACUCGUCACCAACAUAGAUUAUUUUCCUCUUCUCUAUCUUCAACCAUCCUUCUUGCUUGCACAUCUUCUUUAUCUAGGGUUGUUGCUCAAUGAGGUGUUCAAAUGGAAGAAUCUGCUGAGCAAAGAGCGAUUUUCUUGAGGAAUUAGUGGGUUUUUGGGAAAAAAAAAACGAAGAUGAAGAGAACAAGGAGUGAUUAUCUCGGUGGUGGUGGCGGUGGUGGUAAGAGAUUGAAAUUAUCUCAUUUGUUAUUAUUUGUAGCAGCAUUGUACCUAAUUUUCAUUUCAACCAAGUUCCCACACUUGAUAGAGAUUACAUCAAUGUUAAGUGGAGAUGAUAAUAUAAUGGCUUUAGAUGGAUCUAUUAAGGUAAGUAAUAAUGAUGAUUCAGAUCUAAAUAAGCCAUUUUUCAGUUCUAUUUACAAAGAUAAUACUUUCCAUAGAAAACUAGAAGAUAACCCUAAUUUGAAAUCACCAACAAUGCCUGAUAAGGAAUCAGUUGAAGAGGAAACAACAACUAAACCAAUCAAGCCUCUGCAACAUCGAUAUGGUAGGAUUACUGGUGAGAUUAUGAAGAUGUGGAACAGAACUAAUGAUUUAUCGACUGUAGAAAGAAUGGCAGAUGAAGCAUGGACUUUAGGGAUGAAGGCAUGGGAAGAAGUUGAGAAAUUUGAUCUAGAAGGCUCUAAUCAGACUACUGUGGUGGAGGGGAAACCCGAGUUAUGUCCUUCGUCUGUGUCGAUAACUGGUGAAGAACUUGUUAGAGGAGAUCAUUUAAUGUUUCUUCCAUGUGGGCUUGCUGCUGGUUCUUCUAUCACGGUUAUAGGAACACCACAUAAUGCUCAUAAAGAGUUUGUGCCUCAGUUUGCAAGGUUGAGAAAUGGGAAUACCAUGGUUAUGGUGUCACAGUUUAUGGUUGAACUGCAAGGGUUAAAAGCUGUGGACGGGGAGGAUCCUCCAAGGAUUCUGCAUUUGAAUCCUAGGCUGAAAGGAGAUUGGAGUAAUCGCCCAGUCAUUGAGCACAACACAUGUUAUAGAAUGCAGUGGGGGACAGCUCAAAGGUGUGAAGGUUUAUUGCCCAAAAAUGAAGAUGACACGAUGUUGGUGGAUGGAUUCCGAAGAUGUGAGAGAUGGAUGCGGAGCGAUAUUGUCGACACCAAAGAAUCUAAGACAACUUCGUGGUUCAACAGAUUCAUAGGGCGUGAGCAGAAGCCAGAAGUGACGUGGCCAUAUCCUUUCUUGGAGGAUAGACUAUUUAUACUCACAGUGCGAGCAGGUGUGGAAGGAUACCACAUCAAUGUUGGUGGUCGACAUGUGACCUCAUUCCCUUAUCGAACGGGAUUCUCUCUUGAAGAUGCAACAGGAUUAGCAGUCAAAGGUGAUGUUGAUGUGCAUUCAGUGUAUGCUACAUCUCUUCCCACCUCUCAUCCAAGUUUCUCACUCCAGCGAGUACUGGAAAUGUCUGAGAAGUGGAAGGCUCCACCAUUACCUGACCGUCCCAUCCAAGUAUUUAUUGGGAUUCUCUCUGCUACAAAUCACUUUGCAGAGCGUAUGGCCGUUCGCAAAACUUGGAUGCAGUCCGCUGCUGUGAAAUCUUCAAAUGUGGUGGCUCGUUUCUUUGUUGCAUUGAAUCCAAGGAAGGAGGUGAAUGCAGUGUUGAAGAAGGAAGCAGCUUACUUUGGUGAUAUUGUUAUUUUGCCUUUCAUGGAUCGUUAUGAGCUUGUUGUUCUCAAGACCAUUGCCAUUUGUGAGUGUGGGGUUCACAAUGCCAGUGCUGCGUAUAUCAUGAAGUGUGAUGAUGAUACCUUUGUAAGGGUGGAUACAGUUCUGAAAGAAAUCAAGGGCAUUUCGUCCGAGAAGUCCCUUUAUAUGGGAAAUCUCAACCUCCUGCACCGGCCUCUCAGAAGUGGGAAAUGGGCAGUUACAUAUGAGGAAUGGCCAGAAGAAGUCUAUCCUCCUUAUGUCAAUGGACCUGGAUAUGUUAUUUCUAUCGACAUUGCCAAAUUUAUUGUCACUCAGCAUGUGAAUCGAAGUCUCAGGCUGUUCAAGAUGGAAGAUGUCAGCAUGGGAAUGUGGGUUGAACAGUUCAACAACACCAUCCCUGUUCAGUACUCUCAUAAUUGGAAGUUUUGCCAGUAUGGUUGUAUGGAAGGCUAUUUCACUGCACAUUAUCAGUCUCCGAGACAGAUGAUCUGCUUGUGGUCCAAAUUGGCAAAGGGUCGGGCUCAUUGUUGCAACUUUAGAUGACAGCAGGGAUCAUUGAAAAGGUCUUUUACCGUCCCUCUACUUCUAUUUUAUUCUGGACAUGUUCACUGUCCUCAUAUUUCUGUAGAGUUUUUGUACCACUGAAAAUUAAUUUUUGAUCCGAUUAAUCUGGGACUAGAAGAUGCCCAUAUGGAUCAUUGUAGUUAGAUGGACCAGAUUUUAUCGAAUAGUAUUCGGUGGGGGCUGAGGACUAGGUUGUGUAUCCUUACUGUCAUGAAAACACAAGUUGUAAAAGUACAAUUCUGACAGAUCGGUUCCGACUUAGUUACUAGUCACAUAAACUUGAACAGACAUGACGAGUAAGGUGGAUCAACUAUCUCGUAAACCUGUGAUUUCGCCAGAUUUGAACUCAGGGAAGAUCUCAUGGUGUUGGGCUCUAUUCCUACCAGUUGUAACUUCCGCGAAGAGAGGUUGUUUUUGUUAUGGAUAUAAUGAACGAAUCACAAUCGACCGAAAGAUGAACGCAUAAAUAGGAGCAGGACAUUUAGGAUACAUUGAAUAUGCAGGGUGUAUGCAACAAUUCUAAUGUUAAAACACUGGCGAUGGUAAGUGUUGCUGUAUUGAAAUGAAUUAUUAUUUUCUCCUAAUAUGAAGUCAUUGUUUAUAUGA